CACGGGGGCGGGGAGACUGAGCUAAUCCCGAGGGGACCCGGUGAAGCCCUUGAGGACUCGCGACUGAACUCGGGGUGACACGUGGCCUCGGGCCGGAAGCCAUGGACACCUUCAUCCGCUUCACCAACCAGACCCAGGGCCGGGACCGACUCUUCAGAGCCACUCAAUACACAUGCAUGUUGCUUAGAUACUUGUUAGAGCCUAAAGCUGGCAAAGAGAAGGUGGUAAUGAAGCUCAAGAAACUGGAGACCAGUGUGAGCACUGGCCGCAAAUGGUUCAGAUUAGGCAACGUGGUACAUGCCGUGCAGGCGACCCAGCAGAGCGUUCACGCCACUGACCUGGUGCCCCGCGUAUGCCUGACGUUAGCCAAUGUGAACCGUGUGAUUUAUUCCAUCUGUGAUACCGUCCUCUGGGUGAGGAGCGUAGGCCUUGCCUCCGGCAUUAACAAAGAGAAAUGGCGAAUGUGGGCUGCCCGCCACUACUACUAUUGUCUGCUGCUGAGCCUGGCCAGGGACGUGUACGAGCUCUCCCUGCAGAUGGAGCAGGCUGCACGCGACAGGGCGAGGACGGAGCAGUCACUGUCUCAGGAGCCUCUUGGGUACAGCGUGGCCGAUGAGGAAACAGAAUGGCUCCAGUCCUUCCUCCUCCUCUUGUUCCGAUCUCUGAAGAAGCACCCGCCCUUGCUCCUGGACACAGUGAAGAACUUCUGCGAUCUCUUGAACCCCUUGGACCAGCUGGGGAUCUAUAAGUCCAAUCCUGGCAUCAUUGGACUUGGAGGUCUUGUGUCCUCCAUAGCGGGCAUCGUUGUCGUGGCGUAUCCGCAGAUGAAGCUGAGGGUGCGCUGAAGCGGUUUCGGACGGAGACCGGCGCCUGCUUGAAAGACAGCGUCUAGGGUGCGUCUGCGUGAGGCACAGACCACGUCAAGCGGCGCUUAAAGACUUGUUCGUGGGAGCAUUUAGCGACUAGUGGUGUGAGCAGAGGGGGCGCCAAGAAUGGAGAAUGGGGCGCAUGAAAAUUUAUAGGUGUUUUUUAGAGGGCUGGAGUGACUUCUGAAUUUCUGAGUAUUUUCCUUUCGUCUAACAUUUAUUGAGCAUCUUACGCUCAUAGUGGGAGCUCACUGUUUGCUAAAUGUCUAACAAUUGAAAAAGGCCCAAACAGUUGAACAUUAAUAUACAGCAACCUUUGGGGUGUGCGCCUCACUGCUUUUGCACAAUACCAUAGGUCUGACACCAGCCCUCUCUCAGACCUAGUAAAGACCUCUUCCUCCUCUGACCAGAUACCAACCCCCCACCCCCCACACGGCUUCUCCCUAGAGGCCCAUGCCCCCCCUUACAGCCUUUCAUCAUGGCAGUCCUGCCCUUCCUCUGUCCAGAAGUACAAUCAGAAACGCAUCAGGCACCUUCAUGGUAGAAAUGGUGACUUUAGGUAGUACAGCGAGAAAACAAAGAUCAGAAGCACGUAGAAAGGACUGGGGGCCCCAUAAUAUGGGAGGUCAUGACAGGUGCCUGUGGGUAGCCUGUGACAGAUGAGGAAGCCGGUUUAAAAAAACACACCAGCACCUCAUUCCUCAGACUCCAAAUUCAGUGUUUUUCGAGGAUAGUUCAUUGCCUUCCUGACUGAGUGGAGGUGUGAGACUCCAGAAUCCUGUGUGAAAAGCCUUUUUUAGAACUUUGUUAGUGGUUUAUAGAAAAAUUAAAGCUCUAUCUAGAUUCACCAGCCAGAUUUUUUAAUUUAAAGUCAUAUAACAGUUCGGGCACGGCUACGUUAAUUUUCAACAACAGUUACGCAGUUAAGAAAUUUCAUGAGUACUCUGAACGGAGGAGCAUCACCAUUUUCUAUGAGAAAUCAGACUUCAUAUGUGUGGGACGGUUGGGGGAGUGGAAAAGAGCAAUGAGGAAAAGGCCAUUUAUUCAUGGUCCCACUUCCCAUCUUGGCUGUUGAGUUCUUUGUUGGUUGCAGAUCCCCUGAUUUGGGGGAAGUGAAGCAGAAAAAUAGGUUGUGGCCAGGUGGGAGGUCAAUGUCAGUCCUAUCAGUGAAGCCAUUUCACUUACCUGAAUGGAAAUGAGAAAAGAAAUGCGCGCUAAAUGUUUCCCAUAAAUGUGAAUGAGAUUCUUAAAAAGCAGACUCAGGUCCUUGGCGCUCUUAUUUUUAAAGUGUUUAAUCAAGGUAACGGGAUUUGAGAAAAUACUUCGGGAAUUUUAAGUGAAUCGAAAGCUGCUAGGUCAGGGCAAGUAAAAAGUUUGAGCAACUAAUUUUACUUUGUCCAGAUCCUCUACAGUCAUAGAUUAAUUAUGUCUAAUAAAUUUCUAGACAAAAGA